CCUCGCGUCGUGAUCAAAUUGACAGUGUUGUUUAGUCGCAUAACAAACAGCGCAGAGAACAUAACUCGGUUUGGCUCCAUAGAAACAUUAACAGUGGGAUCGUUACAUGGCAUUUGACUCGAGUCCAAGAAUGAAGACUUCACUACUACUGGUAGUCCUUGUGAGUUGGGCAAGUGCAGACAGGAAGCUCCCAAAGUACUGUCAGGGCAAACGUCCAAGGAUGUUCUGUGAUGGCAAGGGGAACCCUCUUAACUACAUCCCUAGAGCUCCUCCAGACAUUACAGAUGUUACCUUGACAAAUAUAAACUUGGGCGUGGUCACCAGGGCCAUGAUGUCAAACUUGACCUUCUGCAAUCUGACUGAAUUUCACAUGAAAGACAACAACAUCACAGGGUUACAUCCCUUUGCCUUCCGGGACUUGGAUGACCUUCAAAUUCUGGAUUGGCAACAGACAUACCUGCCCCUACCAGAUGUACUUACAGCUCUUCGGUAUGUGUCUAGCCCUCUUAAAACUCUCUGCCUUAGAGCCAAGAUUGUAUCUGAACAAACCCUCAAUGCAUCAGCGUUCCAGCAUCUGACAAACUUGAGCAAGCUCACCAUUGCCCUGCCAAGUCUGAGGACCUUCAAUGCAAACGCAUUUUCACACAUGUUGAAUUUGCAAUAUCUUGAUAUCUCGCAGAGCAACUUGAAACAGUUUAACCUGGAGAAAAUCAUUCCCAACGUGACACGUUUGACUCUUGCUGGGAAUAAUUUUGUUGCUGUUCCGCAACUGUGUUUGUCGGAUAUGAGACCACUGACUCCGCGAUUACGAAGUUUAAAUCUUGGAAAUAAUGCAAUCAGAAACCUUGACGUAUCGUCCAUUACGUGCCUCAAGAAUCUACAGAAACUCAGUCUUAGUCAAAACAGAAUUGAGGAACUGCCGAACAACGUGUUUGCUGGCCUACACAAACUCCACAGUUUACAUAUAUCUAACUUAGGGUCACUGAAAAGAAUUGGAGACUUUGCUUUCAACUCAACAAGUUUGUACAAAUUCUUCUUUGCAAAUAACCCUAUUCUAUCCCUGAAACGCUUUAAUCCAGUGACCCUUUUCAAACACACACCAAACCUUGGAAUACUGGACAUGACUAGCACAAAGAUGGACAUAAGUGUUUACCAUUUGAAGGACUUUCUCCUGAAUCUAAAGAACACGGAACGACUUGUGCUGCAACACACUUAUAUCAAAGAACUACCAUCAGGGACUUUUUCCCAGCUGACGAAACUCAGGAAGCUUAUUCUCAAUGGUAACUAUUUGUCAAGUUGGAAAAGCGAUGUGUUCGUGAAUGCCACAAGCAUAAAAAAGAUCGCUUUCGAUGGCUGCAACAUCAAAAUGAUUAAAGAGGACACUUUCCCCCUUGAGUUCCGACUCAGCGUCCAUGAGAUUAAUUUGUCAAACAACCCAUUCACUUGCACGUGUGAACUACUGUGGUUCAGGAACUGGAUGAAGAAGACUAUUGCCAACCACAGUAUCAACUUCACACAAUAUCCUCGUAGAUAUGAAUGCCGGGCCCCUAACUUACACCCUCUGCGGCUCGAAGAUUUUAAUCCAACAGCCAAGUCCUGUACCCCUAAAAAGGAAUACACCGUGCUUCUGUCAGUAGUCUUAACCAUUGCGUUGGUGUUCAUCAUCACGGCUACAGUGGCCUAUCGAUAUCGAUGGUAUCUCUUCUACUGGAUGUCCUUGCUGAGACGGAGACGUCAACGAGGACAGGAUGAUCUACCGCAUGAAAUGAAAUACGACGCCUUCGUCUCCUACAGCAACCCCGACGGCGACUGGGUGUACGACGAGCUGAUGGGAUACUUGGAGGGCGAGGUGGGACUGCGACUGUGUGAACACAGCAGAGACUUUGAAAGCGGUAGACUCAUCGUCGACAACGUGUUUGAGGCCCUGGAUUCCAGCAGGAAGACUGUCCUUGUAAUCUCCAAUGAAUACAUGAAGAGCGACUGGUGCCAGUUUGAGCUACAGAUGGCGCUGAAUUCUUUCCUGAAGCAGGAAACUGAACUCGUUGUGAUUCUCCUCGAACACGUUAAAGCAUGUCACGUGACGUCUACUCUACGUGCGUUGAUGACGUCGACCACGUAUAUUGAGUGGCCGGAUGUUCCUGCAGCUCAACAGGUGUUUAAACAACGUCUGAGAAAUUGCCUAGAGCCAUAGAAUGUGUCCGGCAAAUAUAUGUAUGUUCUUAAUUAUUUACUUUCUGAUAUUUCCACCAAAUAAUUGGGUAAGUUGCUCUGACUAGUGAUUAAAGCGUUCGGACGUCACACAAAACUUUGGAUGCAAUUGCCAACAUUGUUAAUGUGUAUAAAGUUUGGUGUUCCCCGUGUAGCCGCGUUAAGCCAUAAUUCACCUACACAAAAUGUAAGUAAGGGUUAACAAGCAGCAUUGUCAUCAAUCUGAUGUAAAUGUAUUAUUAUGUUAAACACGCUGCACGGUUGCCUUCCUUCUGAUGUAAAUAUAUUGUCAUGUAAACACGCUGCAUUGUUGCCAUCCUUCUGGUGUAAAUAUAUUAUCAUAGUUAAACACGCUGCAUUGUUGCUAUCCUUCUGAUGUAAAUGUAUCAUCACGUUAUACACGCUGCAUUGUUGCCAUCCUUCUGAUGUAAAUAUAUCAUCAUGUUAAACACGCUGCAUUGUUUUCAUCCUUCUGAUGUAGAUAUAUCAUCAUGUUAAACACGCUGCAUUGUUGCCAUCCUUCUGAUGUAAAUACAUCACCAUGUUAAACACGCUGCAUUGUUGCCAUCCUUCUGAUGUAAAUAUAUCACCAUGUUAAACACGCUGCAUUGUUGCCAUCCUUCUGAUGUAAAUAUAUCAUCACGUUAUACACGCUGCAUUGUUGCCAUCCUUCUGAUGUAAAUAUAUCACCAUGUUAAACAGGCUGCAUUGUUGCCAUCCUUCUGAUGUAAAUAUAUCACCAUGUUAAACACGCUGCAUUGUUGCCAUCCUUCUGAUGUAAAUGUAUCAUCACGUUAUACACGCUGCAUUGUUGCCAUCCUUCUGAUGUAAAUAUAUAUCACCAUGUUAAACAGGCUGCAUUGUUGCCAUCCUUCUGAUGUAAAUAUAUCACCAUGUUAAACACGCUGCAUUGUUGCCAUCCUUCUGAUGUAAAUGUAUCAUCACGUUAUACACGCUGCAUUGUUGCCAUCCUUCUGAUGUAAAUAUAUUAUCAUGUUAAACACGCUGCAUUGUUGCCAUCCUUCUGAUGUAAAUAUAUUAUCAUGUUAAACACGCUGCAUUGUUGCCAUCCUUCUGAUGUAAAUAUAUCACCAUGUUAAACACGCUGCAUUGUUGCCAUCCUUCUGAUGUAAAUAUAUCACCAUGUUAAACAGGCUGCAUUGUUGCUAUCCUUCUGAUGUAAAUGUAUCAUCACGUUAUACACGCUGCAUUGUUGCCAUCCUUCUGAUGUAAAUAUAUUAUCAUGUUAAACACGCUGCAUUGUUGCCAUCCUUCUGAUGUAAAUAUAUCAGCAUGUUAAACACGCUGCAUUGUUGCCAUCCUUCUGAUGUAAAUAUAUCACCAUGUUAAACACGCUGCAUUGUUGCCAUCCUUCUGAUGUAAAUAUAUCACCAUGUUAAACACGCUGCAUUGUUGCCAUCCUUCUGAUGUAAAUAUAUCACCAUGUUAAACACGCUGCAUUGUUGCCAUCCUUCUGAUGUAAAUGUAUUAUCAUGGUAAACGCGCUGCAUUGUCAACCUCAGUGUGAUGUAAAUAUAUUGCCUUGUUUUACAUGCUUCACUGUUGUCCCCAAUGUUAUGAUAUACCUAGCACAUGACUAUAAUGAUCAUGGACUUGUAACCAGUUUCAAUCAGAAGAGACAUCAUCUGUGAAAUGUAUGUCACAUUCAGUUGUCAUUAUUCAGACGAAACAAGGGUCGCUUGACCCAACACAUCCACACAGUCGACCGCAGGCUUGUGUGUUUUCUGUUGGAUUUUGAAAUACGAACAAACGCUAUUCUUCCGUUUGUGUUGCUUUAAGUACUUUAACCAGCUCCUCUCGAUAUUGGGCGAUGGGGUAGCCUAGUGGUUAAUGCGUUCGCUCAUCACGCCGAAGGCCCGGGUUCGAUUUCCCACAUGGGUACAAUGUGUGAAGCCCAUUUCUGGUGUCCCCCGCCGUGAUAUUGCUGGAAUAUUGCCAAAAGCGGCGUAAAACCCAACUCACUCACUCACUCACUCCUCUCAGUCAAUAACUGUUUAAAGGUUGAUCUUUAUAAAAGAUGCAGGGACUAAGAGUACAAGC